CCGCCUGCCACAGGACUGACACUUCAGUUUGCUUACGCCGGCGGUGGAAUCGCAGCUGGAACGAGUGAGUUGCAGUUUCUCUUCGCGAUUUCUAUUUCUGUUCCGGGGCUUGAUUUUCCUGUGUGAGGGGUUAACAAAAAAAGUAUUGCGACUCGGAGAAAGGAUCUGCGACAGCUUCAGCUCUGCCCGUACAGUGUAUAGCGCCCCAGGUUGUGGGGGUCUCUCAGCUCUUCGGGUCACCUUGCGCCCCCCUGAUGCCCGGGAUACACUUGUGAGUUGCACAAUGUGACCCCCCAACGCUUCCUAUUCUCCCCGCAGACCCUUUAGACAAUGCGGUUUGCCAGACACCUACAAAGAGCCCUGCUGCAAAGGGAGAGCAGCAACAAUCCUUUAUGGCAAGAAACCUUCCCUUCAUAAAUAAAAGCAGGAACAGCCGGAGAUUAGGAGGCUUGCUGCUGUCAUUCUGGGGAUUCUUCAUGUACACCCUCUAUGUGUUGUGAACCCUGUUCUACCGGAAUGACUAUGGGGGGGCUUUGAAGAAUAGUGAAGAACAUCACAUUUCCUUUUUUUUCGCAUUUUUUUACACUAUGUGCCAAUAUAUUCAUAUUUUUUCCUGUUUUUUUGUUCCUAUUUUUUUAAACCAGCUGCUCUAAAAUAAUUUGCAAUAAUUCUUUUAAGGAAAGGAUAUACGGAGGAAUGUCAUAGGAAUAUAUUGGAGCCUGCCAGAAAUAAAGGGAAAUUCCUCAGCAUUGCACUUUUAUUGUUCUUAUUAAUGUUUUUGGAGACCAAAGGAUUGUUUUCUUAGUACAAACAGACUGGUUUGAAGAUGAUUCCCAGGCGCUCACUGCAGUAUCUGAACUGUUUGCCUAUACUAGUCCUUUUCCCCUGUUCUAUGGUUCAAAGUGGGUCAGAUACAGCCAACAUGGAAAAUUACAGUGCGCUGGUAAAUGUGACCAUUCAAGACCCAAGUAGCAAUCCAGUACUUCUGAGAAUCGACGGAGGGCGCUACGGACUGGACUCCCCCAAAACGGAAGCCAAAGGGCUUCUCCUGACACCGGUACACAUCCAUGGAGCGGCCGAUCGACUUGGCUGUGAUCCUCAAACACGUUUCAAUGUCCCGCCCAACACGAAGCAUUGGAUAGCGCUCCUGCAGCGCGGGAACUGUACGUUUAAGGAGAAGAUCCUGCGCGCUGCAUCCCAUAAUGCCUCAGCUGUCGUCAUUUACAAUAACAACUCCAAGGAAGAGACGGUCACUAUGACUCACCAAGGCACAGGGGAGAUAGUCGCCAUAAUGAUCUCAGAGGCACGAGGCAGAGAAAUCUUGAGCUACGUGGAGAGAAACAUCUCUGUACUUAUGGCCAUAGCCGUGGGUUCACGCAACCAACACAAAAAUUUUAGUCGGGGCUCUUUGGUCUUUGUUUCGAUCUCCUUCAUUGUCCUGAUGAUCAUUUCUUCUGCUUGGCUGAUAUUUUACUUUAUACAGAAGAUAAGAUACACAAGUGCUCGAGAUCGGAACCAGCGCCGACUUGGGGAUGCAGCUAAGAAAGCUAUCGGCAAGCUGACCACGAGAACCGUCAAGAAGGGGGAUAAGGAAACUGAUCCAGACUUCGAUCACUGUGCUGUCUGCAUUGAAAGCUACAAGCAGAAUGAUAUUGUUCGAGUGCUGCCGUGCAAGCAUGUAUUUCACAAAGUGUGUGUGGAUCCCUGGCUUAGCGAGCACUGCACCUGCCCCAUGUGCAAACUAAAUAUUCUCAAAGCCUUAGGAAUUGCUGCUAACGUCCCGUGUACUGAUAAUGUAGCAUUUGAUAUGGAGCGACUUACCAGAAGCCAGCCGCCCAGUCGCAGAUCUGCACCCAAUGACCCUACAGAGGAAGGAUCCCUGAGCUUGGAAUCUUUGCGCUCAUCUAGAAUAUCCCAGGGCCCUCAUGACGUGGAGGCCAUUCCAAGGACUGGGGAAAUUAACAUUUCUGUGACAAGUAGUCUCUUCUUUCACCGUAACUCACUAUCCCCCCGAAGCCUGGGCUAUGAGACGGAGUUGUCCACUAUCGAACCUUCUCUCGACAUUUACGAUGAGAACAAGACUUGAGUUGUCUCCUCUGUCAGACGCCUUGCCAUACCUGUCUCCUCUUAUCCCCCAUCCUGCCAACCCCACUUUAUUUUAACUCUUUACUGUCCUGAUCUUGUGUCCUGUUUCUCAAGUGACGAGCUCAAAGUCAAAAGCACAGUGCCCUGUCCCCUCCCGCCAGUGAAUUGGGAAGCAGCUUUAAAAUCUGGGAGCACUAGACCAUGAUCAACUUUGUCUUUGUGCAUAGUAAAGCACAAAAAAGAGGUUUUUUAUCAGUUCUGUUGCAAAUUGAGCUCUAGAAAAAAAAAAAAUAGUGAUAGAAUCACUUCUGGGAAACUGCUAUAACAUUUCUAUUUAUCACGGCGGAGCUGCAAACGCGAGAGGAGAACUAUAAUUAUUCACUCUAGUUCCACGUGUUCUAUGACAUUUUUGCAUCUUUAAUUGUUCGAAUUGGAACAACAACAAGCUUAUUGAGGAUCAGAAUUCUGAAAAGACCAAAGGUUCUUCGUGAAGCCAAUAGCCUGUUUUCAACCAGCCUGGCAGUUGAUGUUGAGGCUACGUGGGGUGUGUGCCGCUGAUUUUAUCUUUUUGUUUUUUCAAUGCAGUAUUAAUACUACAAAGCACAGUAACAAAGGCAGGAGUUAUGCUGUAUUUUGUGACUUUGAACUGCACAAGUAACCACUUUAUUUGUUCUUUCCAUGCAGUAUGGAUGUAAGUGCAAUCAAGCAAAUACUCGUUUUUUUUUUGUCUACAGAACUGAGGGCACUGUAGGACUGACUAUAUCUGUAGAACAUGGCCAAGGAUCACGCUAAACGCACCGCAAAACCAUUGCCAGCCAGUGCAAUUACAGAUUUUUGUGUUGUCACUUGCAAUGCUGACAUUCUUUUCCCAAAAGACAAUAUGGUGACACACAUUGUGCACGGGAGCUCUAAGACAUUUGUAUCAGCCUGCUAUUCAGUAAUAAGAGCUAUGUUUUAAGGCCUAGGUUACACAACAUGGCUGUCUCCAGGAACAAAUCCAGAAGCUGUUGUAAUUACCAGGUUUUACAGUGGUUCCUGAGAAGGUGAUAUUUUCACAGCUCGCCAUAACAAUAAAAUAGGUUGCCACUGUGAAAAAGCACGAGCUUCAGUAAUUGCUGGGCAGUGUUUCUCAGCGGAGAGAUGUUUGGCUACCGAUAAGGUGUGUAAUAAUGUACAGCAUUGCUCUGUGACUGAAGCGCUCAUGGUGGAGUGAGGUGGGAGGGGACCUUUCCCAGUAGCAAGGACAACCAUUACCGGCCUUGUUAUUCAGCAAUUACCUGCCAGUUAAGCAGCAGUCCUCCUUUGAAGGGACUUAGGAACUGCAAUAAAUAGGAAUUCAUUGAAGACUUUUAACCAGUACCCUGUCAUUUCAUCAGUAUGGUUUUUACUUAAAGGGAAACUGUAGCCUCUUAAUAGUGGUGAUUAUAUUUAAUACUAUUAUAUUAGCCAGUACAGGGUGAGGGUUUAUCCAUGAAACAUUCUUUCUGUGUAUGUUAAUGUGCAGCUGAAUUGAUGCUUAUUGUCGUUAUGGAAUUAUCCACUGAUACUUGGAGAACAACACCGUAUGGUGGGCAAUAGAUUAAACUCUUUUUAGUUAUCCGACCGCUCUGGCAAUAAAUGGAGAUAUGCAGAGAAGGAAUGUUCUUUGGGUACAAGUCUUGCUUUGACACUUUAUUGUGGGGCUUUGGGUAAUGAAAAAUAGUAAAUUGUGCUAGAGUAUAGCUUCCUUUUAAGAAAUUGUUGCACCUUAUUAAAAAGAGUCUAAUAAUGUCAGUUGCAAGGCAAUGGCCACACAAGACACAUCAGUGAUAUUGUAGUAAUACAUUUCUUGCAACUAGAAGGUCAUUCACAGCCAAAGGCUGGCACACGCAAUCUCCAGCAGACUGUUUCCAUCCAAUGGUGGUGGUGGUGUGCUGUGCUCAGAGGCAGGCCAAGCUGGCUGGGCCCCCUAGGCAUCCGGGCCGGCCACCUCAACCCCAGUAUGCGCACACGCAGUGACGUCGCAGGGGGUGGGGCACGUGGUGAUAAGUGGCAGGGGAGGCAAGAGAGUCUGGACCAGGGGUAGGCAGAAGUACCUGCCUAAUGCCCCCACCCCCACUGCACCCUAGGUAGGUGGCUCUUCUGCCUGCCCCUAGUUCUAGCCCUGGGUGUGCUGGCAAUUUUACAUACAAGUGGGUUUUUCUCUUUCUCCCUUUAUUUUGAGCCACCUAUAGAGCGUGUUAGGAGUGGCAGGGAUCUCACCCUUGGGCAGAAUUUACCUACUGUAAAUUUUUCCUACUGAGAUGGGUAUGUUCUGAUUUGUGGAUAGGAAAGAGUUUGGCGAAUGGAUGAGAUCGACCGUGGUGGCAGAUUGUGGGAGUGUGCACCAUUGUCCCAGAAGUCAACAUUUGUAUCAAAUUCAGUGCAUUCCUAUUAUUAUAAUUGCCUUUUUGAGGACAGAGGAGCAGCAUAGAGCCUAGCUGUAAGCUAUAAACUUCAGACUGAGGAUGCUGGGCCAUGUAGCGCUCCAUGUCUUACAUGGCUUCCUAUAGAGAAAGGGCUUGUGGGAACAAAGUAGGCCUUCUAAAAGCCAAACAGUAGCUUGCCCCUGUGGUGCACUUUAUAUGCCUUUUUUUUAUUUUGCGGAGAGUAGUUUACAUGUGCAGUAUUUAAACUGCAGGGAUCUCCUUAUUAAACCGAUUUCUAUAUGACUUUAUGUGUGUGAUGUAAAGAGCAGGGGGGCCAAAUUAGUCAUUUGGGGUAUACACCUGGCCUGUUCUAGGGGUAAUUGCCAUAGGACUGCUGCUUUUAACUGAGCAAAUGCCAGCCUCAAUUUAUAUGCACAAAAUGGUAAAUAAAGCCAAACCUGGAAAAUAAAAAUGUUAAAUCAUACAA